AACAUACGUAUUUCCGACGAGAUCAAGGACGUCAUUUUGACGGUCAACUACGUCGCGGUAUGCGGUGUGAUCAGCCUGGUUGGAAUCACCGCCAACGUCCUGAAUAUGAUCGUGUUCGCCAGGCUCGGCCUGAACGACGCCAUCAACGUGAGCCUCCUCGGACUGGCCGCCGGGGACAUCUGCUCCCUGGUGGCCAUGUUCGGGGACAGCGUGUGUUUCAACCCGGCGUUUCAAAGCACGGGGCUCCCCGUUGUUCUGAGCGAGGUCCAGUACGUGGUCAGCGGCUGGCCGCAGGUCUGCUUCAUCCGCGUGACCAGCUGGAUCACGGCGUUCGUCAGCCUCGAGCGAUGUCUGUGCGUGACCAUCCCGUUUCAGAUCAAGACGGUCGUGACGAGGAGAUGUGCCAAACUGUUCGUGGCGACCACUUUCAUGUUCGUGGCUGUGACGUCUCUGCCCGAGUACUUCUACAAUCAGAUUCAGUGGAAGUUCUACCCGGAAAGAAACCGGACGUUGCUGGGAAUCGUUCCCGUGAUGCGCUUCGAGGAACUGGCCGGCGUGACGUAUUUCAUCAACCAGGUCGUCCUGCAAUGCGUCGCCUUCGCGGUGAUAGCCGUCUGCACGUGUCUCAUGAUCGUGGCGCUCAACAACACCACGAGAUGGCGGCAGGAAUCCGCCAAGGGAAAUAGCUGUGAUAUAUCCAGGAAAGACAAGAGGAUGGUUAAGAUGGUCAGCCUUCUCUCCACCUGGUUCAUCGUCGCCUACACGCCGGCCAGCGUCCUGUUCAUCGUCAUGGUCUUCAAGCCGACGUUCCACCCGAGCUUCAACUACAAUCUGUUUCACAUCACCUGGUCUGUAUCCUACCUGCUUGAGGGCUGCAACGCUUCAUUUAACAUUCUGAUCUACCUGAAGAUGAGCACCAGGUACAAAUCGAUGUUCGCGAAAACAUUUUUG